AUGGCGAUGAGCAUAAAGUUGCCUGAUGAAAUGAUAGAAGAGAUAGUCUCCUGGAUGUCUGUAAAAUCGGUAGGUCAAUUGCAUUGCGUUUCCAAGCAGUGGUGCUCUUUUCUUUCAUACCCGAAAUUCAUAAAAGCUUACCUCAAUUAUCAAUCCAACAAACAUGAAAAAUUUAAGCACAUUCUUAUCUCUGAUGUUUCUCAAUCCCUUCACUCUUCUCAUAUUAACCCUAACCCCCAAAAUGGAAUUGAUACAAUUUCAAUCGAGCUUAGUUUUCAGGGGAAAUGGAAAAAAAUUGUUGGUUCAUGUAAUGGCUUGGUAUUGGUGUUGAAUAAGGAAGAUGUUGCAUUUUUAAUCAACCCCACAACCUUAGAAUACCGUAGAAUUCCAAACUCUCCUCUGGCUCUUCCAAAGCGUGGUACCUCUACCGCGUAUGCCCUUGGAGGUGUACUUGAAGGUGACCUUUUAUGUACAUUUGUGGAUGUCUACUCCGCGAGAAUGGGUUUUUGGAGGAUACUUGAGAGUAUAUCUCAUAAUGGUGCAAUUCCUAUUCACGGUUUUGGGGUUUUCCUAAAUGGGGUUUUGCAUUUGCUGGUUGGUAAAUAUUAUUGUUCUCCAUCUGUAAUUGUUUCUGUUAAUCUAACAGAUGAGAAAUUCUUCGAGGUGCCUAUACCUACCAUUACUACUACUUCUCUUUUGCGCUUUUAUGGAAUUGUGGCUCUUAAAGGUUGUCUUUGUGUAUUGGGUGAUAGAAGAAAUGAAAAUGAAAUUGAUGUUUGGAUGAUGAAAGAAUACGGGGUUGUGGAGUCGUGGACCAAAUUUAGUGUUGUAAGAAACACUUUCCCUUUUUGUCCCACACCCGUGUGUUUAAUGAGUGAUGAUGACAUCAUAUUAUCUGCGCCUGGGAAAGCGAAGUUGAUUAUCUACAAUAAGAAAAAGGAACAACAGAGAGAGAUGAAUGUUGAUGGAAAAACUUCAAAGUGUAUAAGAAUUAGAACUUUCAUGGAGAGUCUUGUCUCUCUUAUGAUUGGCAGGGAAACUAAGGGUAGUGACUAUAUCGCUUGA